CCGAAACGGAACGUGCAGCUUUGCUUUGUGGUAGUCAUAUGCAGGUUUGGUGGCGUUGGUGGCGAGCGGCCAACAUUUCAGUUUCCGUGAUUUCGAUCGAGGAAGAAUUUACUUGCGUUGAGCAUUAACGUGUGCUUGCCGCUUUACUGACGUGAACUUGUGAAGCGUGCGAGAAAGUCGAACAGACGUUGCGUGAAUACGAAAUUUACGAGGAACAAAACAAAAACAAUUAAUUUGGAACAAAUAAUCGAAUAAUUUUUGAGUGUGUACAGAACUAAAAAUAAAUUUAGAAAUUUUUGUAUAAAAAAUUCUAACUUCAUACAAACGAUAACUGUUAAGUGUGUGCUUUUUCCAAGGAUUUUAGAAAAUGUCACGCACAAAUUUCGCGCGAACCAUCGCAUUAGCGCUGCUGUUGACCACAGCUUCGCUGCUUAGCUGGCAAGCUGGUGCGGCAAAGAUAACAACAAAAGCUCUUGAUGCCAGUGCGAACAAUAUAAACUCCAGCAGAGUGGAGCUAAGCCAUGCAACAGAGGAGCCAGCUGUUGUGGUGGCACCUGCUGCUGUAAUUGUUGAGUCGAAGGCAAAUGAUGAAGAUGAAUUGAAAUAUGAAGCAGAAGUUGAGGCCGAUAAUGCGGCUGCAGCGGACACAGAGGCUGAUGUUGAAGCUGCUGACGACGACGAUGAUGAUGAUGAGGAGGAGGAUGAGGAUGAGGAUGGUGAGGCAGAAUCGGCAGCGGGUGCUCACAAACCAGCGAAGAGUGAAACAGCGUUGACGGCGGCAGAGAAAAAUGAAGACGCCACCGCAUCGUUCAGUGUUUGGGGUAUGGUGCGCAAUGUGUGGAACUGGAUAAGAGAUGAUUUGAGUGAAAGCCUUUUCGGCGAUGACGAUGCCGACGCAACCACCGGUGCACAAAAGGCGCUGGUGCGUGAAGUGCGUGAUGUUUCCGAUGCAGCGAUGGCGGCUGUAGAGAGUCGUACUUUUGGUAAAAUUCGUCGCCUACAAAUGGCCCUCAUUCCGCUCAUCUUCAAAUUUGGCAUACUCACCGCUAUGGUGGCUUUCCUCAUAAUGCUCGGCAUGAAAACACUAUUCCUGGUAAAAUUGCUUGUGCUAAUGAAUGCCGCCGCCAUACUUGCCAAGUUCAUUACACUGAAAUCAAACUUCGGUGGUUAUGAACACUCUGCAUCCCAGUGGAAUUAUCAGACUUGGACGCCACAUGCAACAGGCGGAUGGGGUGCCUCAGCACCGUCAGCGCCGUAUUCACACGGCAGCGAGCAACACCCUUCGAAGGAAAUUCACCUGCACAUACACAACGGUCAAGUUCAGGGUUAUGGCGCUGGUGGACAUGGUGGCUCAAACGGUUGGGAGAGCCGCAGUGACCCCUACGGCGCCUAUGCGCCUACACCGUCAAACGAAGGGGAAAACGAACUCAAUAAUCAAGGUCCGAUUGCCAUGCUACCAACAAACUAUCCCUCAAAUCCUGUUUACGGUAAUCAGUAAGGAAUGUGGGUCUUAAGACAAUAGUCACUGCGUCAGGGUUUCUUUAUAAGUAUUUAUUAUUAACUCUCUGAUCACUUCAUUAUUAUAAUUCCGCUGUUGUAAAUAGUUUUAAGCCUAUUUAUAUAUUAAAUUAAAGUAAUUGUAAUUAACUAAUCGUAAAUAAAGU